AUGGAUAAUAUAGUACAACAUGUAGAUGACGAAUUUAAUGAAGGCAAACAGGAUUCCUAUCAGCAGCCUGAAAAAUUAUCAGACAAUCUAGCAAGAACAGUCUUCUUCGAUUCUAACAACCUUCCUUAAGUGGAAUGCUACUACCAUAAAGGUUAUUAUAUAUCUAACAUGUGUCGAGCACCUCAAUGUAUAAUACCUUUAUGUCCUCUUUGCAUACAUCUUCAUUCUAAGGAACAUGUCAAUGAAGGCACAUAUCCAGUGUUUGAAUCAUUGGAGGUCUUAUUAAACCAAGCAAACGAUCAUGUCAAUAAUGAAUGUAAAUAUUCGCAUUUUCUAUACUUUUAGUAAAGAAAUUCACUAACUCAUAUUACGAUAUCAAAAAGCAUGUGAAUACCUUUGAGGUUCAUGCAGAUAAAACUAUAAAAAAGAUUAGAGAAAUCAAGAAACGGAUGUAAGAUGUUGUUGAACAAUUCUUCAAUGGUUUAGAGAAUGAAGUCUAGCACAAAUAGAAGAAGAAUGUGAAUAAUCAAGAGAGAGAUGCUAAACAUUUGCUAUCAAUGAUUGAAGAGAGAUGGAGAUCAAUGAAAGAGAUGUUGAAUACAUUUUAGAGUUCAGAUUGUUUAACAGCACUCAUACCCUACUUCACAACAACCUUUUAAGAGGAUAACCAGGUGUAUUACAAGAAGAUAGGGGAGUACAUAAAUGCAUUUCCAACUGUCAGUAGCGAGGUCUAAAUUGAUUAACACAGAGCGUAAAUAAAUAUGUAAUAAUCAAAAGAUCUGAGUUGAGCGUGUUUCUGAGUUCAAUAAUACAAGUUCGACAUACUUCAAUCCCCGAUUUCAUUGGCAUUCAUUAAUUGCCUACGACCAAUGUUACUGAGAGCACUAAAAUCAAUUCUCUGUAAGGCAGCAGAAUCAAGGAGCCGUUGCGUGUCACAAUUCCAGAGAAGAAAACUUAAUUUGAAUCAUUUGAACUUCGGAAAUCACCUGUUUAGAGUAUAAGAGCUUAAAGAAGUCCACCUCCAAAUUCAUAGAGUAUGUAUCCUUAUCCUGUGCAUCCUUCCGUGCAUCAAUAUCCUCCUCCGCAUUACUUACCACCACAAUACCAUAGAUUUUGA